GGGUGGAAUUUGCCCUGAGCGCUCCGGCGCCCGACCUCCCAGACGGAAGCGGAAGUGUCUGUCUGUGGCAAGCGAGUAGGAAGUGGUGAUUGUAGAGUGGAGAUGGCCGCGCUGGCUCAGCUGCCCCCGUUGCCCCCACAGUUUAAGAGCAUACAGCAUCAUCUGAGGACGGCUCAGGAGCAUGACAAGCGGGACCCUGUGGUGGCCUAUUACUGUCGGUUAUAUGCUAUGCAAACUGGAAUGAAGAUUGAUAGUAAAACUCCUGAAUGUCGUAAAUUUUUAUCAAAGCUAAUGGAUCAAUUAGAAGCUCUUAAGAAACAGUUGGGUGAUAAUGAAGCUAUUACACAAGAAAUAGUUGGUUCUGCUCAUUUGGAGAAUUACGCUUUGAAAAUGUUUUUGUACGCAGAUAAUGAAGAUCGUGCUGGGCGAUUUCAUAAAAAUAUGAUCAAGUCCUUCUACACUGCAAGCCUUUUAAUAGAUGUCAUAACAGUAUUUGGAGAACUCACCGAUGAAAAUGUGAAACACAGAAAGUACGCAAGGUGGAAGGCAACAUACAUCCAUAAUUGUUUAAAAAAUGGAGAAACUCCUCAAGCAGGCCCUGUUGGAAUUGAGGAAGAUAAUGAUAUUGAAGAAAAUGAAGAUGCUGGCGCAGCCUCUCUGCCCACUCAGCCACCUCAGCCGUCAUCCUCUUCAGCUUUUGACCCAAGCAGCAUCCCAUCAGGCAGCUAUAGUGGAAUCCAGAUCCCUCCGGGUGCACACGCCCCAGCUAACACACCCGCAGAAGUGCCACACAGCACAGGUGUAACGAGUAAUCCUAUCCAGCCUUCUCCACAGACUGUCCCCGCCAUUGAGCCUGCACUGUUCAGCACAGUUUCCCAGGGGGAUGUCCGUCUAACUCCAGAGGACUUUGCUAGAGCUCAGAAAUACUGCAAAUAUGCUGGCAGUGCUUUGCAGUAUGAGGACGUAAGCACAGCCAUACAGAAUCUACAGAAAGCCCUCAAGUUACUGACAACAGGCAGAGAAUGAAGCCUUUGUACGAGAGAUUUGUGUAUUUUUGGCAUAAGAAACUAACAGUCCGUUACUCUAUCAUCAGCCUAUCAGGAGCACAGUUUUAAGGGGGACUUCAGUUCCAUUGAAUGUGACAAUGAAAUCUGUGUCUAUCUGAUUCCUACUGAAGCAUUCAGCAGCAGACUCAGCCAGUUUUCAUUGUCUGUUUAGUGGAUCCCAUAAUCUAAGUAAAUAGGGCUCAUGUUAGUUGAACCCUACUUCAAAAGUGAAAACAAACCACUAUAAAAUUAUAUUGGGAAUAAGCUUUUUAAUUCAGGUUCAUUAAGGGACUUUUCUAAAAAUCUGUAAUAUUUGGACAAACCACAUUACUUUGCUAUAAAAUUCUAAAUUUAACUUUUGAUAAAGAUGGCCAGAAUAUUCUAGAGAUCAUGUUUUUGUUUUCCUCAACAUUUACAAAAUACGUAUGAACAUCUGAAAAUGAUAGAUAAAUACAAAAGAUAUUAUGUCAAAACCCUUAAUUUACAUUCAUACUAGAUAUAACUAUAUUAAAAAUUUAAAACUUUAUGAAAAAAUAAAACUGAGGUCAAGUAGUAGAGUCGCAUUUAGACUCAAGAGGAACUUGGAUUUCCUUACCAAUUCCCUUUAUCCACUGAAGCUUAAGGUGAAUUGGCAUUUGCUUCAUUGGCAGUCUGACUGUAUGUAUUAAAAAAUGAGAAAUCAUUUGUAGUAGUGCCUAGGAACUUGGUGCUUUAAGUUAAGGUUUUCCUUAGCUGCUGUGAAAUGGAUUCCACAGAGUACAUAGAUGGAAUGAUGCAGAAGAUUAUAUGACUUCAGAUUCUCAGUCCUUAAGUUUGUAAGUUUUGUGGGGAAUUAUGGACUUAAUGUAUCUAUCACCUAAGUUUGUGCUGUAUAGAAAAUAAAUACAAGGAUUCUUUUAACUAGUUCAGCUUAUUAUAAAGCCAAAUAUUCCUUUUGAUUUGCAUGGUAGAAUUGUCCUUUUUAAAUGUGUUUAUAUUUAGUUAUAGGAGUACAAAUGUUUCUAUAGUAAGAAACAGUUUUUUUAAGGUGAAUUGGACAAAUUUCCCUGAAGUUUAUGUGUACCCUUUCAUUCAUGCCACUUGGAUUGGAAUCCUUUUAGGUGUCAGCAAGCUGUGGCCAUGGCUGUUCACCUGUAGUAUAAGGUUUUACUGGAAUGAAACCUUACCCAUUCAUUUAUAUUUUGUCUUGUUUGCUUUGCACAAAGUUGUGUGGCUUGUGAGUCUAAAAUAUUUACUAUCUUGCCCUUCAAGAAGAAGUGUACUGAUACCUAUUCUAAUUGCCUGUUUGAAAGAAAAUGAAUCACUAACUCAUAACCACUUGUGUUAAUUAUUCUUCACAUAAAUAUGAUGCUAUUGUGCAAGGUUUGAUAGAGUACAUAGAUUGAAUGAACAAUUCUAAAUUAUCCACAAAAAAAAA